AUGCAGCGGGGUGGGGUCAAAAGAAGUACGGAUGAAUCUUCGAUUGAAGAAAAUAACGCUUCUGUAGUGACUAAAGAUUAUGCUGUUAAGAAAACUACAUGUGUACAAAAUAGAACAAUAGUUAUCGAAGAAAAUGCUAUCGCAAAAGCAUAUGAUGUAGAUUUACCUGCUCCAAUUCCAUCCACCUCAUCUGAAAGACCAAGAAUUUACGUAAAUGACUCUAAAUCAGGUCCUAAACAGCAUGCUUGUCUUUACUGUGGUAAGUUGUACUUUAAAAUAGCUCGACAUUUAACGAGAGUUCAUAAAGACGAAGAAGAUGUUAAAAAAAUUAAUGCUCUAAAGACUAAAGAUCCGAUAAGGCUUGAAAAAAUCCGGAAAAUCAGAUGUGACGGAGACGCAAAGCAUAAUUUGGUCAUUAAACCUGGAGCAAAAGAGCAUGAAUUAAUUGUAUUACGGCGGCCAAGAAAUCAUGUUCGAACCAUAGAGAAAACUCCUUCUGAUUUUGCAUUUUGUCCUAGCUGUAAAGUUUUAACAAGUAAAAAGUUUCUCUCUGCACAUUUUGCAUCUUGUUCUGGUCAGACAGGGAAGCACCGUAGAAUUAUUAAAAAAAUUUCAAAGAUUUACGAGAAUGACUUUCACCCUGAUACAUGCAAAAAGUUGCGACGACUGAUAGCCCACAUGCAUGUGGAUGAAGCAUCAAAAACCUUAAAAUAUGAUUAUUUGCUUAUACACUACGGAAAUAUGCUAUGUGACAAGUAUAAAAAUCCACAAACUGAUGAGCUCAUUAGAAAUAGACUACGUUUGUUAGCAAGACUUUUAAACACUGUGAAAGCGGUAGAAGCAGAAAUUAUAAAAAAAAAGAAAUCGAAUCGUCAAAUUCAUUCAAAGACUCCUGUUACUGACAUGAUAUCGUUGUUUGAUCCAGAAAACGUCAAAAUAUGCAUUAAAGCAGUAAAUAUUCUAGCUGCAGAAGAAAUUUGUGAGCUGCCAAUUGUUCUUAGUCGUGCCUGCGGUAUUGAUAACGCUACCAAUACUGUUGAUAACAGUCCAGCUCAAGAUGACAUCACAGAUGGUUCUUCGGAAUCCGAUGAAAGUGACUCUGAAUCCAACGUUAAUGAUCACGUCGAAGUAUCAGAAAAAAGUGGUGAUGAAGAUUUGGACAUAAAUAUAACUAUUCCAAUCAAAAGACGAAUUUGGACUCCAUCAGAGAUAAGUGCUUUAAAAGAGCAUUUUGCAGAAAAACUGGCUCAGCGCAAAUACCCAACUGAAGAAGAAAUGACCGCUGUAAGAUCAAAAGAUCCAAGAUUAACAAGACGAGAAAAUCCUCUCAUCCGAUCAUGGUUUAGUAACCUUUAUCAUAAGAAGAAAAAACAAUAA